AUGCAUAUAACGUGUGCAGUGUUUGAUCCACAAACGAAACGCUUGCUCACCGCCUCAUCCGAUGCAAGUGUUGGGUCUUGGGACAUGGACAAAGGUCAAGCGGAGAUGUUCUCUGGCGCUCAAGCGCAUACUGCACAAGUUCAAUCUAUGGGGUUGUUCUCGGAUAAGAUAGUCACUGUCGGUUUUGAUGAUCGUUGUGUCCUUUCGGAUGUCAUGAGCCGAUCUUAUGUGUAA